AUGGAGAAAUUUAUAGAAAGUCUGGAGCAGCUUCUUGAAGCGUUUCCAUCUGCUACGUUGUCAAUCACAUAUUCGAACGCAGCAAAAAAGACAAAGCACAACAACUCAUCAAAGAAAGCUCAGAAUGUGGUGAAAUUCAAGUGCACAGAACCGAAGCUGGGGAAAUGCAUUCAAUAUUCAACAUACAAGGCCAAAGAGUUGUCGAGGCUUUUAACCUUUUUUGGUCCCCGUGGAGUCAGCAAAAAAAGAAAAGCAGAAGAUGAAGGUGCCACAGACCAAGCGCUCAAACAGGCCAAAAGUGACGUUGUGGGUGUGGCCAGUAUCAUGAGUAAUACGAAAUUCGAGGAGCCACUAAUUCAGCAAGAGGAGACGAAGUCAGAGGUGACACCUGUGCCAGAGGAGAAUCCUGUACAGCCACCUUCAUCUCUGUCAAAGAACAAGAAGAAGAAGAAGGGGAAGAAGAAGUAA